AUGCGGCUUACACAAACAGCCGGCGGAGUGACACCCAAACAGCCGGAGUCCGUUGUCCAGCUGUCCUGUUUGGAGCUUCCACAGAUGCAGUUGUCAGUGGCCGCAGUUCCGCCAGCCAGUGAAUACAUCAUCAAGAUGGGACUGGAAUUGGAGGUGAACAUGGAGCUGGAGCUGGUUCUGUCGCCUCGCAGUUCGCUGAACACUUACCCAUUGUACCCUGUCAAAGGGUUGAGACCAUCGUCACUGCGCAAAUCAUCCUCCACCAGCAGCAGCAGCAGCAUCAACAACGCCUGCCCCCCGCCGCCGCCCACACCGCACCAAGUGAACCCGGCCAGCUGCAGCAGCAGCAGCAGCACUCCGCCCCACUCCCAGCAUCCGCAUCCGCAUCUGCAUCAUUACCACCAGCACCAGCACCAGCACAGGCGCAGCAGUAGCUCCAGUCACACCAGCCACCAGCCAGCGGAGAACUCGAGCGGUUUGGCCACGAAACCGGCCAUCAAUUUGCUUGGCAAUCAGCUGCAGGUUAACUACUUCGAAUUCCCGCCCACCGCAUCUGGCCAGGCGUUGUUGGUCCACAGCGGUCGCACCACAGCCUCCACACCGUCGCUGAAUUGCCACCACCAAUUCCAGCAAAACCAGGUCCAAACCCAGCACCAGCAACAGAACAGCUCCGCCGUUGGUGGCAACUACAGCUCGGCGGUUGCCAAAGCGGCUGCAUCCACAGCCUGUGCGCUCCUUGCCACGUGCCACGUGUCUAGAGAUUCCCCACGACACCACCACCAACACCACCAGCAGCAACAGCAGCAGCAACCAAAGCAACCCAGGAGUCCGGAGGAGCAACAGCAAACCGCAGGCAACAUGGGUCGACGCGAGAUAAAACGUUCCAAUACCAGUGGCUCCACCACCAGAUCCUACGACAGUGGAAGCGCAACCACAAACUUUGUGGGCAAGUUCACGCAGAGUGUGCGCCGGAUCGUCCAGGAUGUGAAGGACGAGGGAGCGCCCAGCGGCAUGACGCGGGACGAGGUGAUCGAGACCAAUGAGAGGCUGCGCUCCCUGCGCCUGCGACUCGAGGAGUCCUACGAGACGGCCAAGAAGGCGCUAAUUAACCUAAUGAACAAGUAUGGUGACUCCAAGAGCCAGCGCAACAUCUUCCAGCGCUAUCCCAUGCUCAAGCUGAUGAUAAAGGAAGUCAUUCGGCUGGAGACCCAGUACUGGACCCUGGUGGACAUACCGCGCCAGGAGAAGCAGGAGACUGUGCCCUCCUAUGUGAUGCGCGCCUGCUCGAUCAUGGAGAAGACCCAGAAGUCCGGCGAGGGGGUCAAGACCUCCGCCCGAUUGGCCGAGGAGGCGGCCGAGCGUCGGGAGCGCAUGGAGCGAUUAGAACAUAUGACAACGGCCCAAAUCGAGCACGAGAAUACGCAGCUGAUAAACGACUUGUACCGCUUGCUGAAAAAGUAUCUGGGCCUGCGGCACCUCAUCCGGGUGCUGAAGGAAGAGUACGGCAGCUCAAAGAUGUAUCCGAUAUUUCCACGCUACACAAUGCUCAAGGACAUGAUAAAGGGCAUCAUGCACGACCCGGACUACAUGGAGGUGUGUCACGAGACGCUGGCCAACGCCAACUGAGCCGAGGGCACCGGAAAUGGCAGGCGUCGCAUGAGUGUCAUUUGAGAGGGCCCAAAAACUAACAGCAAUACCAAUACCAAUACGAGCGGCAGCCUACGUGGGCGCAGGACCUAGGACGACCUUUCGCCAGUGUACAUGUGGCUGUGAGCUCAAUUCGCAUGCGAGUUUCUGUCAUUCCGGAGUGAUUUAGAAUUUUUCCGUAAAAAACUUCUCGGAGCCACUGCGGAGCGCGUGGCUUCGGCAACAAAACCUCUCUUUCCGGCCCCUCUAGCCAACACUCUUGAACACUCAAAGGCAAGCCAAGACAAACUAAUCAAGGAACUAACCCACUAACUAACUACGCCCAGACCCCACCACCACCCACCACCCACCACCAACUGAACAAGGAACUAUUUACACUACAUUAUCAAAUACAAACACUCGAAUACUCUUCGGCGCUAAAGUGCCCGCAAACAAACUAAAAGGCAUUUAUUUUAAUGAACUUUUGAGAUGAAUACAAAGUAAAACCUACAAGAUACAAAACUACAAACUACAAUACAAACUACAAAAUACAGAAUACACGAUAUUUAUUGAUAGUGGCUAACGAUGAACAAAUAUCAAAUGGAAAGUAAAUCAAACCUAACUUUGUGUAAUUUGUAUGAACUACAACCAAACUGAGCCUAAUAUUAUACAUAUUUAUAUAUACAUAUAUAUACAUAGAGGACAAGAAAAAUAUAACCGAAACAAAACAACUGCAGCUGAGCGGUGCUGAGAAUAUAAUGAUAAAUCUUUGGUUUGGCUUGACAUUGCCUCUGCUUUAUAUAUUUUAGAUCUAACACAUACAAGAACUGGUCGAUUAGCAAAAUGUUAUUAAACUAAUUACCGAUGUGUAUCAAACUAUAUUUGGUAAACCCCACACCUAGAUGUAUUACUUACCUAGUUAGACAAUAUGAGGGAAUUAUUCCCAAUCGAUGUAAACAAAUGCGAGGACUCUGAACACCUUUUAAGACAACACCAAUUCGCUGAGACGGAGACCAUAUCCUAGAACUACUUAGCCAACUGUUUUUUAUUGUUAAUUUUCUCUUUUAACCUUUAACUACUUGUUAGUUUUAGUGACAAGCGAUUGCUUUAUGUGUGUAUCGAAACGUUCAGCUUUAAGUCCUCUGCAAGCCACAAGCAAAUGCAAAUCUGGUGUCUAUUUCAAUAAGUUUAGACGCGACAUGUGUGUGAUUGUUGUGCGUAAACAUGUAUUUAUUCGUUGUUGUACAUACCGUGUAGCUUUAUAGCCCCCAAUCCGAACACUCACUCAGUCACACAAGAGACCAAAAGGAAAACCUAGACGAGCUUACAACUUUUUACGAGAGCUAGAAAAUCCACAAUUUCCAUUUAUGUUAUUCCAAUAUUCCUCGAUGGGGAAACUGUUUUGUGUACAAGCCCACCUCAAUGGGAGAGAUUUAAAAGAAUUUGUACACUAAAUCGUCAGGACAGGCACUGGCAGAGCGGAAGGUCCUUCUCCCCUUCUCCAACUAUACUAACACACCCACCGAUACACCGAAGAUAAUGCUGGCAGGACAUACAUACAUAUGCGAAUGCUAGUAAAUCAGAAACAGACUCGAAAAGCCGCAGCCUAUCAAUGCGAGUGCAAUUGAGUGCAUAAAUUAGUUGAGCGAUUGUUUGCCUGUCUAUUAUAUGCUUCACGGCGUCCGAUUGCUGGUUAAUUUCCCCC